AUGAGCGGAACACAACCAAAAGCAUCCAGCGCAGCUCCGAGCCUAGCUUCAUCUGCCAAAGACGUUAUUAGAAGACUAUCCAGCAUCAGCCAUGAAAGAUAUUCCUUCAGCACGGCUAGCUGUGAGCCAUAUAACACGGCCUGGGUGGCCAUGGUUACCAAACAAAUCGACGGUCAAAAGCAGUGGUUAUUUCCAGAAUGCUUUUAUAAUCUGGUGAAAACGCAGGCCGAAGAUGGAAGCUGGGCCUAUCACCCCCAAAGCAAAACAACGGGCGUGCUGGGAACGGCGGCAGCCCUGCUCGCAUUGUUGAAGCAUUUAAAGGAACCUCUCCAAAUUUACGACGUAUCCGCCGACGAAAUUCGCAAACGUAUCGUGCUGGCAACGAAAUCCCUAAAAUAUCAGCUGCAAAACUGGGAUGACGCCCAGCGCACCAACCAUAUUGGCGUCGAAAUUAUCACGCCGUCCCUGCUCACUUACCUCGAACAGGAGGAUCCGAAUAUAAAAUUUCAAUUUCCCGCCCAAGCCGCCCUUCAAAACAUGUAUGACGCCAAAAUGGCCUGUUUUAAACCCGAGUAUUUGUACGAACGGAAAGUUUCCACGGCCGCCCAUUCGCUUGAGGCUUUUAUCGGUAAAAUCGAUUUUGACCGCGUUUCCGGCCACCUCUGGCAAGGGUCCAUGAUGGCUUCGCCUUCAUCUACAGCCGUGUAUCUAAUAUACGCGUCGGUGUGGGAUGACGAGGCCGAAGGUUUUUUGCGGCAUGUUGUAAAGGCCGGCUCGGGCCAUGGCGAUGGAGGCGUGCCGGGGACUUUCCCGACAUCGUACUUUGAAUACAGCUGGUCAGUUGUAACACUCCUGCAGAGCGGAUUUUCCGUUGAAGAUUUAGGUCCAAACGAGCUACGUAUAAUAGCCGAUUACCUCGAAGCGGGAUUUGAACAAGAUGGCGGAAUUAUUGGUUUUGCUCCUCGCGUCCCGGACGCGGAUGAUACGGCCAAAGGGCUAAUAGCUUUGAGCUUGAUGGGUCGCCAUAUUUCCCCAAACCAGAUGAUUAAAGUUUUCGAGGGGCGUCAUCAUUUUACCACAUUCGGUUCCGAACGCGACCCCAGCCUAACUUCCAACUGCCACGUUCUUCUCGCCUUGCUGCGGCAGCCAAACGUUUCUCAGUAUUACCCGCAAAUAACAAAAACGUCAACUUUUAUUUGCGAAUAUUGGUGGACUAGCCAAGGCCGUGUUAGAGACAAGUGGCAUUUGAGUUACAUAUACCCAACAAUGCUAAUGAUCGAGGCAUUUACCGAACUCCUCUACCAUUUGGACAAUAGCAAUGCCUUGCUCGAAACCACCGGCCAAAAUCUUCUCUGGCGCGCCCGCAUUUGUUUGUUUCAAUCAUGCCUUCGCACGCUGCUGGAACAGGACGAGAACGGCUCCUGGGAAAGCUUGCCCGAGCAGACCUCGUACGCGAUCCUCGCGUUGGCCGUGGCGCAAAAAUGUAGCCUUUUUGAAGGCAUUUCUGGCCAGCUCCAGACCGCCAUCGACCGCGGGGCCCGCUUCCUCGAAACGCGAAAGGUCGGGUCCGGCGAGCAAAGCUGGACAUCCAAGGCGGCGUACCGCGUCGCGUUUGUUGCGGAGGCGUACGAGCUUGCGGCACUUAACGCGCGUGCCCAGGGACGCAAGGGCACGGGCGUCGGACUCGAUGCUGUGAUGCCCUUGUCCGAGCCCAAGUUCCAAAUUUACAUGGAAAUUCUCAAGAAGACGCCCCUGAUUUCCGAUAUACCCGAGUGGAAGCUCAAGGCGUCGCUGCUCGAGUCCAGUCUUUUUGUGCCGCUCCUGCGGGACCACUGUGAUGAGUUAAAAUCGGCCGACGACAAGUGCCUCGACAUGAUCCCCUUCACAUGGGUCAAUUUUAACAACACAAGCCACUCGUAUCUGCCGACCGCGCGGUUGUACGAAAUGAUGCUCAGCUCGUUGCAGAGCGCUCGAGACAACCAGCUCUGCAAGGCCGGUGUCCCGUCCGCCAUCCCAGACGUGUUGGAGCUGCGCCAGCUCAUGGAUGCCGUUGUCAAACAAACUCCCCAGUUGGAGGAGUCUCACACGGCAAGCACCAAUGGUCACGCUGUAGACCAACCUGCCAUCAACGGUAGCGGCAUCUCGGGUACGCACGAGAAGUUCGAAGCUUUAAUGGGCCGCUUCGUGGCGCACGUCCUCAACCUUGUGCCUAUGGCUGCCUGA